AUGAUUGAGGAAAUAGCCACAGAUGUUUCAAACAAGCUGAUUAGUUCUGUUCCAUCAAGUGAUUUUAACAGCUUAGUUGGGAUGAGAGCUCACAUGGAAAAUAUGGAUCUGCUCUUACGCUUGGAUUCCAAUGAGGUGAGGAUGAUAGGGAUUUGGGGUCCGUCUGGAAUUGGUAAGAGCACCAUCGCCAGAUCUCUAUUUAGCCAACACUCUCCUGACUUUCAACUUAGCGUCUUCAUGGAGAAUAUCAAAAGAGAGUAUCCAAGACCUUGCGCACAACUGCAAUUACAAAAUAAGUUCUUGUCUCUAAUACUCAAUCAGAAGGAUGUCACUAUCCAUCAUUUAGGAGUUGCACAAGACCGACUAAAAGAUAAGAAAGUGUUAGUUGUUCUCGACGACGUGGACCAAUCUGCGCAACUAGAUGCCUUGGCGAAAGAACUUUGGUGGUUUGGUCCGGGAAGUCGGGUUAUCGUCACAACGCAAGAUAAGAGAAUUUUAAAAGCCCAUCCGAUUAACCUUAUUUACGAGGUUGGUUUUCCACAUGAUGAUGAAGCUCUUGAAAUCUUCUGCAUAAAUGCUUUUGGUCAAAAAUCCCCAUAUGAUGGUUUUGGGGACCUUGCUCUGGAAGUUACAAAGCUUGUUGGUAAACUCCCAUUGGGUCUAAGUGUUGUGGGAUCUUAUUUCAAGGGAUUGUCAAAAGAGGAGUGGGAACAUGAGUUACCAAGGUUAAGAACUAGACUUGAUGGAGACAUUGAAAGUAUUUUAAAGCUCAGCUAUGAUACGUUAUGCAAUGACGAUCAAGCUUUAUUUCUUCACAUAGCCUGCUUUUUCAACGGCCGACAUAUUACAAUAGUGGAGGAGUGUCUUGCAGAGAAUUUUUCUGGUAUAAAAGGUCGUCUUCGUGUUUUAGCUGAGAGAUCUCUCAUAUCCGUCGACUCGGGAGUUAUAAAGAUGCAUGAUUUGCUAGCACUUUUGGGUAGGGAAAUUGUUCGUAAACAAGCCCCUUACGAGCCUGGGCAACGUCAGUUUUUGGUUGAUGAUGAAGAUAUAUGCAAAGUACUAAGUGAUGGUACAGUAGGUAGUCGAAGUGUUAUAGGCAUAACUAUUGAGUUGGGAAAGGAGUUGAAGACGAUUAGAAAUCUCAAGUGGUUGAAAUUGACUGAAGCGAAAAAUCUGAAGGAGCUUCCUGAUCUUUCAACUGCCAUUAAUCUUCGACGUUUGGAUCUGUGGUGCUGCUCAAGCCUUGUGGAGCUCCCUUCUUUUAUUGGGAAUAUGACUAGUCUCAAGGAAUUAUGUCUCAUAGGAUGCUCAAGCCUUGUGGAGCUUCCUUCUUCUAUUGGAAAUAUGACUCAUUUUGAACAGUUGAACCUCAACAAAUGUUCAAGCCUUGUGGAGCUCCCCUCUUCUAUUGGGAAUCUGACUAAUCUCCAGGACUUGUAUCUCAACGGAUGCUCAAGUCUAGAGAAGCUCCCCUCUUCUAUUGGGAAUCUUCAUUGUUUGCAAAGAUUGCAAAUGAAAGGUUGCUCAAAGCUAAAGGCCCUUCCGAUCAUCACCAACUUGGAAUCUCUUUUGGAGCUAGAUCUCAGUAACUGCUCGUCGUUGAAAAGCUUUCCUGAGAUUUGCACAAACAUUGUAGAUCUAAAGAUUAAUGGAACUGCUAUAGAAGAAAUUCCUCCAUCAUUCAGGACGAGGAUAAAAGAAUGCAGACUAAGUACUUCAGAAAGCGAUUGGGAAAGCGAAGAAUACGGUUCAGAAGAAAGUGACGAAUGCGGUUCUCCAGAAAGCGAUGCUCCCUCCUCGUGUUAA